CUCUCUUCUUCUUCUUCACUUUUAAGCCCCCCAUUUCUUAACUUCAAUCGAACCUCCAAACCCUAACCAUUUUCACAGUUGAAUCAUUGCUCAGCUAUGCCGGAAGCAAGGGACAGGUUAUCGAGGCCGGUGGACGUCGCCGCAAUGUUCGCUCGACGGAGAUCAGCCGCCGUCCAAGUUUUGGUCGACGAUACGGAGAACGGCGCGGACCUGUUCAGAUCUCCGAUCAGGCAACAGCCUGCAGCGAUGGCGACCGGCGUACGUACACCUAUGGAACGACGAGGUGGUGGUGGAGUGGGGAUCGGGAGGGGUGGUUUGGGGACUCCAAGAACGGGAAACUCGCGUUUCCGGAGCUCGUUCAGAUCCUCGUCGGCAGCGGCGGUGGCGAGUAGGGAGAAUACGCCGGCGCCGGGGAUUGUUCGGCGGGGAAGAGGGCGUGGAAGAAGCGGCGUGUUGCCGUAUUGGUACCCAAGAACCCCUCUCCGUGAUAUCACUGCUAUCGCGAGGGCCAUAGAAAGGACAAGAGCUCGCCUGAGGGAAGACGAAGGCCAAGACGUUGCAAGUCCUGCACCCCAAGAACAGGGAUUUCUCGAUCCUUCUGUAUCAGUAUCUGUUGCUCCACUCGAGCACAAUAUUAUCACUACCUCUCUACAUUCAGCAUUCAGAAGAAAACCUUGCCCACCUUCUGUUGGUAAAGUUCCAAAAAUCCUGCUCGGGAUUGCAAAUCAGACCACUGCAGGAUCGGAAUGUCUCACACCCCAGAAGAAACUACUGAACUCCAUUGACACAGUUGAGAAGGUAGUUAUGGAGGAGCUGCAGAAACUGAAGCGAACGCCAACUGCUAAGAGGGCAGAGAGAGAAAAAAGAGUCAAAACUUUGAUGUCAAUGCGUUGAAUGCUUUUCAUCUUGACAGAACUCAAAGUUGAGAGCACAUAAAGCAGUUAGGAUUAGAAGGACAGAAGCUUGGGCAAGACUCCUUGCAGCACUUCUUUAUCGACUUGUGGAUAGCUGAUACAUUUUGCUUUAUAGGAUCAGCUUAUCGGCUCUGGGUCUUUGCCUAGGACCAGUUGACUUACCGUGUACUUGGUUUUUUUCGGUCGAUCAUCAUUCUUUGAUGGUUUUGUGUAGAAGUAGUAGAUAUUUUUUGGGAGAUAAUGUACAUAUAGGCCAUGUUAGUUUUUCUGCUACAUUGUUUGUUUCAAGUCUUUUCUCAUGUACAACUAGUCAAUUACUAUUCAAGGAUGACA